AUGUGUGAGAAGCGUGUGUCCGCGUUACGGUGCGUCAUUCUGCUCAUUACGGUGACUUUGUGCCGCUGCGUUCAAGGAGAUGAAUUCGAAGAAGUGUUCCGCUGGAAGUCGUUAGACUUUAACAAUAGUGAUGCAGGCGAAGAUACCGACAGAUUGUUCUUCCCGGAUGUGCCGGACGAUGCGCCCGAAAUGGCGGCACUGAAUGAAAGCUUCGCACCGUACCACAAUCUGCCCAUGGGAGUGACCCAUCAUAAGGGCCGUGUGUUCAUAACCGUGCCGAGACGUCGUACCGGCAUUCCGUCCACGCUGAACGUUAUCCUCCUGGACCAGAUCCCGGCAGGCGAAACGUCACCCAAGUUGAUUGCGUACCCGAACGCGAUUACCAACGAGCUGAAGGCCCCGUACUUACCGGACCCGAAAAAGCUCAUCUCCGUCUAUCGCACGCGUGUUGAUCGUUGCGAUCGUAUGUGGUUCGUCGAUACUGGAUUUCUCGAGUAUCCCGGCCACCGGAAGCAGGUGCAGCGACCCGCACUGUGGAUCAUCGAUCUGCUGCAGGAUCGAAAGGUGCGCCAGUUCGAAAUACCGGACACGAUUGUCGCCGAAGGUCACGGCAUGGCUAGCGUUACAAUCGACUCCACUAGCGACGAUUGUGACGGUGCGUACGCUUACAUACCGGAUCUGGCCUUCUACCGGCUGUACGUGUACGGGUUCCGGGAAAACCGGAUGUGGAAGUUCCAGCACGAGUUCCUGUCGUUCGAUCCGCGCAUGACCGGGUUCGGUGUGGCCGGUGUGCGGUUUCGCUGGAACGAUGGCAUCUUCUCGAUAGCGCUCGGCCCGCACCGGCAGUCGCCGGAGGAAGGGCGAACAGUGUAUUUCCACGCCAUGGCCAGCACGUCCGAGUACACGACCAGUUCGCGUGUCCUGCAAAAUGAAACACUUGCCAACGUUGGAGGAUACGAUCAUUUGUUUACGCAUCUUGGCGAGCGUGGAAUUAAAACGCAGUGCACCAUUCACCAGUACGAUCCGCAGACGGGUGUGCUGUUCUACGCGGAAGUCAACCGCAACUCGAUCGGUUGCUGGAAUUCGAAGCGGCCCUUCAAUCCCGAAAACCACGGCAUCGUGCACUUGGACAAUACGAACUUUAUCUACCCAUCGGAUAUGACCCUCGACAGCGACGGUGACCUAUGGGUGAUGACGAACGGAUUGCCAAGGUGGCUGUACGCGUCGCUCAGCGCUGAUGACUAUAAUUUCCGCGUGUGGCGGCAAACCCCGGCGAAGGCAAUCGCUGGAACAAUCUGUGCGCCCGAUGCCUAG